AUGUCUCAACAAAAUUCCGCCGCCGAGAGGGCGAUUAAGAAUGAUGAAAGCUUCUAUUCCCUUCCUCUUGACCUAGGCGCGUAUGAAUGGACGUGCUGGCUUAAAGUUCUUCGAGAAAAGGCCUUCGAUGAGCACAUCAUCUGUUUCGUCAAAGAAGGUCACCCUUGUGGAGAGAUGCCCGAAUGUUCCUGGAAGGUCGACAUUAGGCAUCCUGAUCAACGGGUGAAGCUACAGAAGGUGGUUGUGGCUUUAGAAAACGAGGUUGAAGAGGUUCUUGCUGAUGACUUUCAUCUGUUAGGAUUUCUGCCGGAGACUGGUGAGGACCGGGUUUAUAUCCAGGAUUGGAUAUGUAUAUCUGAUGAGUUUGCUCUCCAUCCUUUCUUAGUAGGGUAG